CCUGUGCCCUGUCCCCCCCCGGUGCCCCCGGGCCCGAGCGGGAUGAGAGAGGAGAAGGCGUCGGGGCCUGUGCGGCGCGGGGGGCGAUGCUCGAGGCGCGGGGGCCCGGGGCUGGUGGGGGGCCCGGGGCUGGCGGGGGGCCCGGGGGGCGUGGGCGGCGUCCUCACCAACGUGCUGAAGAAGCGCAGCUGCAUCUCCCGCACCGCGCCCCGCCUGCUCUGCACCCUGGAGCCCGGGGUUGACACCAAGUUGAAAUUCACUCUUGAGCCAUCUUUAGGUCAAAAUGGUUUUCAGCAGUGGUACGAUGCCCUCAAAGCAGUAGCCAGACUAUCAACAGGAAUACCAAAGGAAUGGAGGAGGAAGGUUUGGCUCACCUUGGCCGAUCACUAUUUGCACAGUAUCGCCAUCGACUGGGAUAAAACUCUGCGCUUCGCAUUCAAUGAAAGAAGCAAUCCUGAUGAUGAUUCCAUGGGAAUCCAAAUAGUAAAGGAUCUUCACAGAACAGGCUGUAGUUCUUAUUGUGGCCAAGAGGCAGAACAAGACAGAGUGAUAUUAAAACGAGUUCUGCUGGCGUAUGCCAGAUGGAACAAAGCUGUCGGGUACUGUCAAGGUUUUAAUAUCCUGGCGGCGCUUAUUUUGCAAGUAAUGGAAGGCAACGAAGGAGAUGCGCUAAAAAUCAUGAUUUACCUCAUCGACAAGGUGCUUCCUGAAAGCUACUUUGUCAAUAACCUUCGGGCAUUAUCUGUGGACAUGGCUGUUUUCAGAGAUCUCCUGAGAAUGAAACUUCCUGAAUUAUCCCAGCACUUGGACAUUCUUCAGAGAACUGCCAACAGGGAAAGUGGAGGUGGUUAUGAGCCCCCGCUUACAAAUGUCUUCACAAUGCAGUGGUUCCUCACUCUCUUUGCCACAUGCCUCCCUAGCCACACGGUUUUAAAGAUCUGGGAUUCAGUCUUCUUCGAAGGGUCUGAAAUCAUCCUGAGGGUAUCACUGGCUAUCUGGGCAAAAUUGGGAGAGGAGAUAGAAUGUUGUGAAACAGCCGAUGAAUUCUACAGUACCAUGGGAAGACUGACUCAGGAGAUGUUGGAGGACAAUCUAAUCGACAGCAACGAACUCAUGCAGACUGUUUAUUCUAUGGCUCAGUUUCCCUUCCCGCAAUUGGCAGAACUAAGGGAGAAAUACACCUACAACAUUACUCCAUUCCCAGCCACAGUGAAGUCAGCUUCAGUCUCAGGGUGGCUUGGGAGGAGCAGAGACAGCGAUGAAGAAAACGAUUUAGACGAUGAAGACGCUGUAGCUAAUGCAGUGGGAUGUCUCGGGCCUUUCAGUGGACUUUUGGCUCCAGAACUACAGAAGUAUCAAAAACCAAUUAAAGAGCCGAGUGGGGAACAGAGUCUGGGAUCCAGUAACAUCGCAGAACUGAGCCCAGGGGCCAUCAAUGCCUGUCGAGGGGAAUACCACGCUGUCUUUAACAGUAUGAUGAUGGAACGCAUGACGACAGACAUCAACGCGCUGAAGAGGCAGUAUUCACGCAUUAAGAAGAAGCAACAGCAGCAGGUUCAUGAGGUGUACAUCAAAGCAGAUAAAGGGCCAGUGACCAGUCUUCUCCCAUCUCAGGUAAACCAUUCUCCAGUCAUAAACCACCUUCUUUUAGGGAAGAAGAUGAAAACCACGAACAGAGCUGCUAAGAAUGCCAUCAUCCACAUCCCAGGCCAUACCAGUGGCAAAAUGUCUCCCAUCCCCUAUGAAGAUCUUAAAACGAAACUCAAUUCACCAUGGCGGGCACACAUCCGAGUUCACAGAAAGAAUAUCAGGGCCAAAGGUCAGCCGGGCUGUGGGGACACCGUGGGGCUCAUAGAAGAGCAGAACGAAGGUGGGAAACCCGGCCUUCCUGAAGGCGGGAAAUCCGUGGGAGCGGCAGCCAAAUCUCCCAGCGGAGUCAACAUCCCGACGGGAGAGGGAGAUGGAGGCUCCGGGGAUAGGAUUGUCGGGGCCUCGGAGAGGGAAUCUCCCCAGCCAGGAUCCCGAGAAGCCAGUGUCAACUUGGCAGCUGUGCAGCUCAGGCUAAAGGCCCUGGAACUGAAUCAGAACGUCGACUCACAGGCUUCCUCGCCCUGCCCCGGGCCCUUCCCCGAGUCUCCCGGCCUGCCCGUCUGUCCAUCCACCAAGUCCCCACAGCCCAGCCACCCCAGGGCCCCCAUCUUCAGCCCCUUUCCCAGCGUCAAACCGCUGAGGAAAUCGCUCGCGGCUCGCAACCUGGGUCUGUACGGCCCGACGGAGAGGACCCCGACCGUUCACUUCCCCCAGAUGACCAGGAGCUUCAACAGGGCUGCCGGCGGAAACAGCGGGACUAAAAAGCGGUGAUUUCACAGCCCUUCGACAUUUCUUGGGUGUGUUGUGGCCCUGGUGGCCGGACUUCCUGGAAGGUUUGACGUUCCGUCCACGGAGGCGGGAAACUGAGGCAAUGGGGGUGACUAUUUAGUUGAGAGGAAUUUGGCCCCCAGAAUGGGAGGCGGAAUAGCAGAGAUGUUGUGCGAGGGCUAUAUGUUAGAGGAAAUGGGGGGAAAAUUGUGAGUAUCAAUGAGGAGAAGAAAUCUCGAGGGGAGUGUGAAGUAUGUGCUUACUUUUUUAUUCUGAGCUGUUUAGGAAGGCCUAGACUGUGAACCAUUAGUCCCCCCACCUGCAUGUUCCUCAUCCCAUCUCAGACACUUCUUUCCACACACCCGCGCACACACACAUAUCCACACACCUUCACACACUCCCACUCACACCCCUGCCUACUUGCUUGCAGCCGUUAACAAAAUUGCCCUUGACCAGUUUUUCCUAAUUGAUUGAUUUUCAAUCUGCAAAGACCUGUCUCCUAUCUCGUCUCACAGCCACAUCUGCUACUGUGACAAUAUGGUUUUCAUUCUUCAGUCUGAGAGCUGGGGAAACCUUUUAUGAGCCCUCCCAUUUCUGUUUCACUCACCACUAAAUACAUCCCCUUUCAGCCGGGAAAAGGCGUUGGGUGAGGUGCCUGAAUGGAGCAAUACGCUGAGUUCUAUGUUAAUGAACUGAUGAUAUGGGAUCUAAUAACUCUCUUUCCUGUAGCAUUUUGAUCAUUUCCACUAGGUUUAUUGAAUUUUAACAUCCGCACGGUACUUUCCUUUCCAAGGAACAAUUCCUUCAUAAUAUCAGUCUUUGCUUUCAAAGGGCUUUUUUUAUUCUGAAACAUCCAAGUGGGAUCAUCUGGUUAUGAACAUGGAUGUAAUAAACUAUGUUUGUGCUUGGGUUUUUUGAUUUUGGCAUUAUAAUAUGGGCUUUCAUGAGUUAACUUCACGAGGGUAUUCUAAAUGUUCUCAAGAUUUCCCCCUCUUCUUCACUGCUCCUGAGUGAGAGAGAAGGUGGUUUUAUUUCCAUUUUCCAGGAGGUCGAGCCACCCCUAAGGGAAUCAGUAAUUCCAGGUAGUAAUUCCUCAAAAUAAAUCCGUAUCAAUCAACAUAACUUUUAGAUCCAUUUUACUCUGAUGUGGGAAGCAGGUAAGGUCUUGGAACAUAGAUUCAUUGAUUGUAAAGAUUUGAAGAAUUACUUCCCUACCAGCGUUAGGGAGAAAGACUCAGAGGAUUUGAAGA